AUGACCCGUCGAGCGCUGACAGCCCAUGAUCUUUGGCGCGUCAUCGUAAGUUUUCAGCGCGGUCUGUCGGGGGCUGUACGCGAGGUCCGUCAACUCUGCGACUCUGUCCAGUUUGACUACUAUGUGACCGACGAUACCGAGUAUGGCGGCAAGGAGUUUUCCGCCAUUCUCAGGCCGCUGCCCGCGCGCUUUCGCUCGCUGCCCUUCUUCACCAAGCGCUUGGAGCCCGACUGCGCCGACACGGAAAAUCUAUUUCUCACGUUUCCACACCAAGAAGACCAGCUCCCAUUCCACUUUGCGAUCCUUGAAGGCCACUGGCGGCUCAUCGCGCUAUUCAUCGCAUCCGAUGCCGAGCUCGUCACGCCUGGGAGCUUUUUACUUGCGAUUGCGGCGGGCCACCUCGACGUCGCCCAGAACCUCGCGCUCGCCAACCCUUCCGUCGUUGAGCCCCAAGUUCACUUUGGCUCGGAGAUGACCAACACGUACUCGGCCGUCUGCGUCGCUGCAGCCAACGGCCAUCUCGAGAUCCUGCAUUGGUUGCGCGCAUCCGGUCAUGCAAUCGUGUGGCACGCGCUGGUUGCCGCUGCCACGAACGGCCACGACGAUGUCGUCGACUACUUGUUCACGUGCGAGCUCUCAACCGGGUCGCCCGACUACACGGCCGUGCACUGGACGCCGUCGCAUUCGAUGCAGACAGCGCUCACGGCGGCACUCACGCGCGGCCACGCUGGUGUCGUGCGACGACUGCUGCAUCACGGACCGUGCACCCUAAAAAAAACGUGGGUGUAUUUCGAGUGGGAAGCUACGACCAUUCCUGGGCGCGGCCAUGUUCAAGCGCUUCAGCACCUUGUCGACGCCAAGGUGGACUGGGAAGCGCUUGAUGCGAGUGCCACCGCCAAGCUCUUUUACGACUACGAGUUGUACCCGACGCUCGUGCUCGACGCGACAGACGCCGAGAUUGUGACGGCAGUGCGCGCAUUGCCCCGAACUCUCCACCUCCAACUGCUUCUUGCUGCGGCGCGCCACGAGACGGUCGAGAAGCUGCAGUCGGUGCUCCGCGGUGUCUUGCGCGCGGAUACAACCAUGGCACUUGACCAAGCGGCAGCGAUUGACGAAGUUCUGGUCAACGCUAUUGUUGACGUUGACACGGCGUCAGGGAUGCGGUCAUUUUUGGACCGUGCGGGCGUGGACGACGCUUUUCUGCUUCAGGCCUGUGGGUGCGGAUCGCUCGCCAACGUGCAGUGGCUCUUUGCUACUCUUGGCGCCGUGGGCUUCGCGGCCGCCAUGGCAGCAGCAGCAGGCGCUGACCGCCACGACACUGUCCGUUGGCUCCACGACGCGUUUCACUUGAACCACGUACCGGUGCGGGUGCCGGACCCAGUGACGGCCGACAACUGCCACAUCAAAGCUAACAAGCUGCUCGACGCCGGCGAUAUUGAUGCGCUCGAGUCCUUGUAUGCGUCGUUCUCGCCCCACUUGUCGAAACGCGUGGACUUGAGCGCGGCGAGAGACCAGGCGGCGCGCCACGGCCAGAAGCGCCUGCUCCGGUGGAUUGACAUCCACGGCUCUGGACCACGUGGUACCAACGCAUGGCGUUUCUGGACACGUUUAGUGUCGUGAUGGAGCGCAAAAUAAAAAAGACUAGGAAAACACUCGAGGGGGUGUUGCUUAGACAGAGAAAUAAGC